AUGGAAGAGCAAGGUCCCCCACCGCAGCAGGGUCCCCCUCAAGGCGGGCCACCACCAGGCUCGUUUUCCAUUCCCAUUCCCCUCGGACCCAAUGGCGAAAAGCCUACGCCAGAGCAAAUACAACAGAUCAAAAUGCAACUAGAGGCCGAGGCAGCGAAACACGGUAUUACGGUUCAAGAAUACGUCGGAAGAUUGCGCCAGCAAGCCAUGGCCCAGCAACAGGCGCAAAUGCAGGCGCAACAGCGUGCUCAGCAGCAGCAGCAACAGCCCAUACAGCCCGGUCCUCCCAAGCCAGAAGCCAUUGCCGUCGCCAACUGGCUGAAGUCGCAGGACUUGAAGCCUAGGACAGUCGUACAUGAUGAAAAGAGGAAGGACAUGUUCAAAGUCAAGCGAGCAAUCCGUGCCCUCCAGUCCCCCGCAUAUCAAAAAGCCCGAGCAAAGAACCCUCUCCUCCCCGAAGUCAUCGACCGUGCCUCCGCCGAGAACUGCUUCAAGCUGCUACCCCUCUCUCUCCUCGCGCUGCGAGUCACAAAGGUCGACGACCAUGCGCACGAUGGCCACAACCACGCCAAGCCCAAGCGCGUCAAGGGUCUGUGGACAGUCAAGAUCGAGCAGCACCAAGACGCGAACGACGACAACUACUACAUCUGGCUGUACGAGGGGUCGCAAUGGAAGCAGAAGCUGUACGCUGUUGGCGCACUGCUUCUCGUCAUUACGAUAGUGCUCUUCCCUCUAUGGCCGCUUUUCUUGCGACAGGGCGUGUGGUACUUGAGUAUGGGCAUGCUUGGUCUGAUCGGAUUGUUCUUCGCCAUGGCGAUUGUUCGGCUCAUUAUAUUCAUCAUCACCGUCUUCACGAUACCGCCUGGCUUCUGGCUCUACCCUAAUCUAUUUGAGGAUGUUGGUUUCUUCGACUCGUUCCGGCCUGUCUACGCAUGGCAAGAGACCCCGGAAGACAUCAAGGCGAAGAAGGCUGCAAAGAAGGAGAAGAAGGCUGCCAAACUCGCCGCAAAGGCCGCCGGUGGGAAGCCCAAGAAAGGCGCCAUCGAUGCUGCCCCCGCUCAGGCUGUACCAGCGCCCGCUGCUACCCCCGCCUCUGAGCCUGUCAACUCCGCACCACAGCCUACCGGUUCAGAAGCCGCUCCAGAAGGUGCCGUCACACAACGGGCGCCGCGCGCAACGGUGGAGGAGGUAGAGGAGGAGUAG